GAUUCCGUCACUGCUCUUAAUCUCAAGAUCGAAAGACAAGAUUUAUCUAAACAUGCAAGCAGUUUGUGGAAUCAACUAAAGUCUAUGGACUUACAACUGAUAGAUGAGUUUAAACGGGUGGCCAAUCUUGCCGCGCGAAAUUUUUAUUCUGAGAUAAGAAUAAUAAACGUAAAUAUAAACCCUGUUGCCGUUCAUAAGCAGGUCAUCAACACGAAUACUGAUGACAAUGAAGGCCUUCAAAAACUCUUAAAAGACCUUUUCGCCGAAGCACUUCCUCCUUCCCAUUUACAUGAAUAA